AUGAAUCUCUUUCAGCGUCUUGCGAUUGUGACAACUCUUGUCAACACGUUGACAACUGCCUUUGUGAAUUAUGGCUCGAUUGCACCUAAAUCAUACCUACAGCAAUCCACGCCUUCAUCAUCUGGCUUGCAGCCAUGGACGAAUGCUACCCUGAUUCUAUCGCCAGCCAGCCCGCUUGUUACACUCGACUAUGGUACCGAAGUAGCUGGCUUCCCGUUCUUCUAUGUUUCAUCAAAUUCUGGAACAGUACAAAUCGAAGUAAAGUACAGCGAAGAAUACCGCGGCGUGGAAGAGCCAUUCUCAGAUGGGCCUUGGACAUUCUCGAACGGACUAUCCAACUCUUUCCGAGUAGAAACUUUCAACGUCACGAACACGGGAUACAUUGAGAGCUUCUUCGUUCAAGGAGGCCAGCGAUGGCAGACCGCACGGUUGAUCACGAAUGGCUCCGUCACCAUCGACAAUCUAGGAUUUCGUGCAACAAGCUCGAACUUGUACGCCGAAAUGCUACCAGGCCGCUUACAGACAUCCGAUAAGACUUUAAAUCGCGUCCUAGACCUCGGAGGUCGCGUCGCUCAAGUAGCAUGCAUAGAUGCUGGUAAUGCACCAUCUACGUGGGAGAUCACAAAAGAAGGAGCAUAUAUUCGGGGCCAAACCAGUGCGCAAUCUUCUCUAGGAGUCGACGCAGUCAAUUACACACUCGAAUUCGACGUAAAGAUCGCCCGCGGCGGCGCUGGCUGGAGAGUAGCAAGUGCAAUGCAACCACUCGGGCCUUACUUCGUGCUUACAUCCGAAUACCCUGAGCGGGAUACCUUCGCAAACACAAACCGGACCCUCUUACCUUCAAACACACUGGCGUUCACUAGUGGAUGGAGUCUAGUAAACCAGAGCACACUAGCUGUGCCAGAAGCCCAGUACUUCACUAUCAACACAACCAUCAAGGAAAACACGUGGUAUCGCAUGAGCACAUCGAUUGAGGAGACUGGAUAUCGGGUGGGCCUAAACGGAACCGAUAUUGCGUUCGUACCUUUACCUCCACCAGCAGCCCCAGGGAACUUUGGCACUCCCUCUCGAUACCAAGAUACCUUGGCCGAGUAUCAAGUCGCACCUCUCGAACACUCAGUCUGCCUUGAUGGUGCCAAACGGGAUCGACUGGUCUGGACAGGAGACUUCUAUCACACUGUGCGUGUCGUCUCAACUUCGACUGCUCGAUUUGACUACCUCUUGGGCACUAUUGUAUACGCGCUAAGCUUUCAGCUCGGUGAAGGUCCGUAUGCUGGCUUCACUCAGAUCUCUACCAACCUUGGAGCCCGACCCCAGUACAAAGAAGCAAAUAUUGCAAAUUACGCUGGGUUGGUAGACUACCAAGACCUGUUCUUAGCAGGCAUUGGCCGAUACUUCCGCUACACUGGAGACUGUGACGGGCUAAAACCUCACUGGGAUCAGAUUAAGAGACUUGCCACUGCGAGACUGGCUUUCAUCGAUCCCACAUCUGGUCUCAUUGGAGGUUCUCCAGAGGUGCCAUACCCAUUCAGCUUCCUCGGGCCAGCCAACGGUAGUGCAACGACUGGCCUCUUUGCUUAUAUGCUAGAGGAGAUUGCGCCAGUUGCACUUGCGAUCGGAGACGAAGAGGCUUCGACAUAUUACUCCCAAACGGCAAGCAGAUUGCGCAAGGCCCUCAAUCAUGAGCUAUGGAACGAUCAGCUCGGAACAUACUCACUCUCGACCACCGACCGAGGCAACUUCUCUUUGACUGGUAUCGCCUGGGCGAUCCUAUCUGGUGCAGCCAACGAUACCCAAGCAGCAUCCUCCAUUGCCAAGCUUGAGGAACUUCGUUUCGCAGUAGGCUACAAAACCACCUCGAGUGACUUGGAGACAGACGACUACCAGCUUGCUCCCAAUCCAUCAGGAUUCCUGUUGGAAGCGCUGUUCAAGUCAAGGCGUGACUUCGGAGUAAACAGCACAUCUGCCAUCAAGCACCUACUCGACAACCUGUGGGGUAGCAUGGUCAGCCAGGACAAGUUCUACUCUGGCGCGAGUUGGGAAUACGUAAAGCCUGAUGGUUCUCCUGGUAUUGAUCUUUUUACCAGCUUGGCACAUCCAUGGGGUGCAGCUCCAACGUAUGUACUGCCAGAGUACCUUCUUGGCGUCAUUACAAACUCUCCCGGGUACGGAACGGUUGUUAUCACUCCCAUGAUAGGGUUCUUGAACCUGUCUGAAGUCAACGGGACGGUACCGACGCCCAAUGGGCCGAUCAAGGUGGCGUGGGCGUUGAGCGGCACGAACGUUGCUUUCACGGUUGUUGUACCGACUGGUACGACGGCUGCGCUACAGUUGCCAGCUGGCGCGACUGUGAUUGGCAGGAGCUUGCGCAACGGAAAGCUUGAUCUGUCUUGUGGAAUGACGGAAUUGAGAAUAGAUACAAAAGUAUAACUAUAAUUCCAUUCGGGCGAGAGCCUAUCCUACA